UGGGCCUCGAACACAGACUUGCAAUGGCACUGCAAAAAUUGGAUUAAAGCAGUAUGCUGGACAAGAGUGAGGUGGCAACUCUAGGCAUACCCUCCACCACCAGCCAUGGAGGUUCUGACAGCAACAUCAGUGUGGACGGAGCGGGGGCAGCGUCUGGGAUCAUGGCCGGGGGUGCUGAAGGUUCGAUGGCCGGCGAGCCACAGCGGACUCGUGCUGCUCUGGAGCACCUGCAGCAGAAGAUCCUGAAGGUCACUGAGCAAAUCCGUGUAGAGCAGGAGGCCCGAGACGACAACGUUGCAGAAUACCUGAAGUUGGCCCACAACGCAGACAAACAGCAGGCGUCCAGGAUCAAGCAGGUCUUUGAGAAGAAGAACCAGAAGUCAGCACAGACCAUUGCACACUUGCACAAGAAACUAGAGCACUAUCAUAAGAAGCUAAAGGAGAUAGAACAAAAUGGGCCAGCCCGGCAGCCUAAGGAUGUCCUGCGGGACAUGCAGCAAGGAUUAAAGGACGUUGGAGCCAACGUUCGUGCUGGGAUAAGUGGUUUUGGAGGUGGAGUAGUUGAAGGGGUCAAAGGUGGUGUGUCUGCCCUCACUCACACAGCUGUAGUCUCCAAGCCGAGAGAGUUUGCCAGUCUUAUCAGGAACAAGUUUGGCAGCGCAGAUAAUAUCGCUCACCUAAAGGACACACUCGAGGACGGAGUCGGGGGCCACUCUGAAGACACCCCCACACCUCGUGCGCUGAGUGGAAGUGCCACUCUGGUCUCCAGCCCAAAGUACGGCAGCGACGACGAGUGCUCCAGUGCCACUUCUGGGUCUGGAGCAGGCAGCAAUUCUGGUGGAGCCGGGGGAGGAGGGGGAAUAUUAGGGCCAACAAUGGGGAGUCCCAGACUUGAUGGGCACCACCAUCACCACCACCACAUGCAUGGCUCUUGGGACUCUCUACUUGAGGGCCUGCAGGAGAUCAAAGCCAGCCAGGCACAUAUGGAGGAUGCCAUUGAGGACAUGAAGGGCCAGCUGCAGAGUGACUAUUCAUACAUGACACAGUGCCUGCAAGAAGAGAGAUACAGGUAUGAGCGACUUGAGGAGCAGCUGAACGACUUAACAGAGCUGCACCAGAAUGAGAUGACCAACCUUAAACAGGAGCUUGCCAGUAUGGAGGAAAAAGUGGCCUACCAGUCGUAUGAGAGAGCGAGAGACAUCCAGGAGGCUGUAGAGUCAUGCCUGACACGCAUCACCAAGCUGGAGCUGCAGCAGCAACAGCAGCAGGUGGUCCAGUUGGAGGGAGUGGAGAACGCCAACGCUCGAGCUCUGCUGGGUAAACUCAUCAAUGUCAUCCUGGCGUUAAUGGCCGUGCUGCUGGUCUUUGUCUCCACUUUGGCCAACUUCAUCACCCCUCUGAUGAAGACCCGAGCCCGGGUAGCCGCCACCGUCCUGCUGACUUUGCUGCUGUUCAUCCUGUGGAAGCAAUGGGACUUUGUGGAGAUGUGGCUGCUGCCCAGCUGAGCUCCCUGUGAGAGACUCCAGAGGGGACCAGAGAGAGUCACAGCUGGUUUCAACUCAGUCACCACCACUAAAGGAUCCGGAGACUGAAAUAGAACGAGAGCUGCUGCACUUGUUCCCUUUGAGUUUAAAGUGGGAGUAUCUGAGGACAAAACAUGGCACUUUUAGUAGAGGACAGGGCGAGAUCCAGCCCACAGUGUGUGUCGAGAGGUGUUUACAAUGAAAAAAGACAAAAGACAUCAUCUCAUCUCGCCCAAAUCUAUUGCUGUUGAUGACCAAUCAUCGAUUGCAGUGCUAUCACCAAAAACUGCGUUUCUUGCAAGACAUCUUUGGAUCGUCUUUUCUAAUUAUUUAUGAUACAUGAAUAACAAAGACUAGAGCAACUGACUGUAAAAUGCUGAUCAUGUUUGCUGCAACCUUCAUGUUGAAGCUAUAGUAUAUUUGAGAGGAAAAGUUUUUUUUCAUGAAUGUUAUGUGCUCAUGCAUGUCGUCAUAUGUGCACUGAGACGCAUUAGCUGGCAUGAGUUAACAUUUCAAUAACGACAAAAUGAAUCAGAAAUACAGUGCAGAUAUGAUGUAUUCAGUGUCAUUCCUGGUUUGUUUUACAUCCUGGUCUGGUGUUGAAGCUUUUAGACGCUUUUCUUUCUUUUUGUCUUUUUCUUGAAGUCGAAGGAACAGGUUUUUUUUUUAAUGCUGAUAUCUACUAAAACCCACCAUAAUAAUUCAACUAUGUAAAAUCUGUUCUGUCCAUAAAUACUAUUUCAUGACCACUAUUAUAGAACUGCUACUAUUCACAGUGUCAAACUAACUGGCAUGUCAAAUUGUA